GAUGGAAGAAGUGAUUGAAGCGGGGAAGAAACAUCAUGACAUCAAAACUGAUGAAACAUCCUUGAAUCCCUCGUUGCAAACAAGAGCCCAAAUAUGUUUCACUUGCCCUCAGUGUGGAGAGAGCUUCUCAUGCGAACAAAGUCUUAAUCUUCACAUGAAACUUCACAGUGGAAUGAAGCCGUACGCAUGUGAUCAGUGCGAGAAGACUUUCAGGCAAAAAGUAAACCUUGCCAAACACCGUAAAAUCCACACUGACGAGAAGCCACACACGUGUGAUCAGUGCGGGAAAAGUUUCACACGAAAACAGAUCCUUAAUGAUCACAUAAAAAUCCACACGGGAGAAAACCUGCACACCUGUGAUCAGUGCGAGAAGACUUUCAGGCAAAAAGCAAACCUUACCAAACACCGUAAAAUCCACACUGACGAGAAGCCACACACAUGUGAUCAGUGCGGGAAGAAGUUCAGAAAUAAAGGAAACCUUAAUGAUCACAUAAAAAUCCACACGGGAGCGAUGCCGUACGCGUGUGAUCAGUGCGGGAGGAAAUUCAGACAUAAAGGAAACCUUAAUACACACAUGAGAAUCCACGCAGGAGAGGAGCCCUGGAGUAAAACCACUGGAGAAAAACCGCACGCGUGCACUCAGUGUGGAAAUAAGUUCAGACAAAAACACCUCCUUGAUCAACACAUGAGAAUCCACACUGGAGAGAAGCCGCACUCGUGCGAUCACUGCGGGGAAAGUUUCACACGAAAACAAAUCCUUAAUGAUCACAUAAAAAUCCACACGGGAGAAAACCUGCACACCUGUGAACAGUGCGGGAAGAGUUUCAGAAAGUCAAGUGUUUUCAAAGUGCAUCUGCUCACUCAUUCUAGAGAAAGAAUUUAUAACUGUGACCAGUGCAGUAAAACAUUUUUUAGGCCGGAUGCCCUGAAGGACCACCUGAAAAUUCAUACACAGGAGAGGCCUUAUGUAUGUUCUUUGUGUGCAAAGAGCUUUAGGCAGCUGAAUGGUUUAAAAGUACACCAGAAAAGACACAGCGGUGUGAAGGAUCACAUUUGCUCGGAGUGUGGAAAGACUUUUUUUACACUCUAUGUACUGAAACAGCACCAGACAGUUCACACCGGAGAAAAACCUUACCAGUGUUCACACUGUGACAAGACGUUCAGUAUUUUAGGAAACCUGAAAAGACAUAAGAGUGUCCACACUUGAUAGAAGCCAUAUAUCACUGCCAGUCAUGUGAGAAGAGUUUCACGCAAUGAAGGCAUGUUUAGUUCAUAUUCUUGUUCAGAUCUUGUACUUUCAGGUGCGAUGCUGCGUCCUCAAUGAACUAUCUGACCAUUCUUUGCAUGUGUGUGUGUGUGUGCGUUGCUUCAGGAGA